AUAAGAUAGACAAGUCGCACACAUUUCAAAUUGCUGCUUUAUACAUUUGCAAUAAUUUAAACUUAAUCGAUAAUUAUUAUCAAUUAUGCAGGAGAAAUCGGAGGACGAAAAUAAUCCUCUGAAUUUAUCAGACCUCGAAAGUGUAGACUCGGAAGACAAUAUGGAAACAAAUUAUAGUGAUAAGCCUCAUUCUAUGUUGAAUCACCCUGCAAGCAAACACUUCCCUUUUUCACGUCGACCUUCUCAAGCACUAACAGAUCACUCGGAUGAUGAUCGGGUAGACACCGAUCGGUUCAUCUCAAUAGAACCACAAUCUGCACAAGUUGAGAGUGCCGGACCAUCGAGUAGUCAGCAGUCAUUACCAAGAUCUGAAUCUCCAAAUCUUCAAGAAACACAGCUUGGUAUGAAAGGAAGCUACAGCGAUUCAGAUGAAAGCGAUGAGCUUGGAAAUACUAAAAAGAAACGAGUUGCAAUUCCUGGUGAAUAUAACCCUGGAUCGUAUGAUGACUUGGAGGUCUCAAAUGAUAUAAAAGAAGUGUUUCAGUAUAUUACCAAGUACGUCCCACAACAGCUUGCCUUGGAUUACAAAUUUAAACCAUUUGUUCCUGAAUUUAUACCUGCUGUUGGUGACAUAGAUGCUUUCUUGAAGAUAGUACCUCCACAAAAAACUUUAUCAGGCAACGAUUUUAAAGCUGUUGAAUCACACUUGGGACUUACCGUACUUGACGAACCUGUAGCCAAUCAAAGUGAUCCUGCUCUACUGUAUUUAAAACUACGAGCCGCUUCUAUCACAGUCAGUCACACUAAUGAGUCGAUGGUUGUAAAGAAAAUUGACGAUGUUGAGAAAAACUCAAAAAUCAUAGAUAAAUGGAUAAAAGAUGUAUCUGAAUUGCAUCGAAAUAAAUCUACAACAAUUGUGAAAUACUCGGAACCAAUGCCGGAUGUAGAUGACCUGCUUCAAGAAUGGCCUGAACAAUUUGAAACGUCAUUAAAACAGUACAGUAUACCUAAUCCCAAAUUUGGUGGCAGCUUAUCUGAAUACAUUAACAUACUUUGCGCAAUUUUUGAUAUACCAAUUUAUAAGAAUAAGAUUGAAUCAUUACAUGUACUCUUUUCGCUCUUUAUACAUGUUAAAAAUGCCCAAAUGUAUCCAACAUAUUCGGACGUUAACAUCAAAGAAAUGACUAAAAGCGAACCUGAUCAUUUAGUAUUAGAUUGAAAGAGAUUAUGUAAGAAAUUAGAGUAUA